AUGGCGUCAGUCGGCUAUCUCCGGCCGUCGAUGAUUCAGCAGAACUUCCCGGGCGCACCAAAGUUCACUGAGAAAGACAUCCCCGACCUCUCUGACCGGGUCUAUAUUGUCACCGGCGCAAACACAGGUGUUGGCAAGGAGCUUACCCAGAUUCUCUAUGCUGCCAACGGCACUGUCUAUCUAGCCUGCCGAUCAAAAGGCAAGGCUCAGAAAGCUAUCGAAGAAAUCAAGGCUGCGGCUCCGGGCUCCAGGGGCAGGCUUGCGUUCUUGCCUCUUGACUUGAGUGACCUGAGCACAGUCAAGCCGGCUGUUGAGGCGUUCAAGGAGACAGAGGACAAGCUAGACGUGCUCUUCAACAACGCCGGAGUCAUGAUCCCACCAGAGGACAAGAAGACCGCCCAGGGCUACGACAUGCAGCUCGGGACAAACUGCCUUGGACCCUUUCUGUUCACGAAUCUCUUGACACCCACACUGAGACAGACGGCAGCACUUCGGCCGAGAGGCUCGGUACGUGUCGUCUGGGUUGCAUCCAUGGCGGCAGAGCUGUACUCCGUGAAAUACGGCAUUGAUAUGAGCAAUCUGAAGGGGAAAGACUACAUUAGAAAGCAAGAUCCCAUGACACUGUACGGGAACAGCAAGGCCGGCAACUAUCUGCACAGCUUCGAGUACGCGCGCCAACACAAGAACGAUGACAUUAUCAGCGUGGGAUUCUUCUUGCGGAUGAGCAUGCAAAUGUUCACAAAGAUCAUGCUCCAUCCUCGGAUCUAUGGGGCCUACACGGAGCUGUUUGCAGGCCUGUCGCCAAACGUGACUGUGGAGAGGACUGGACAGUGGAUUGGACCUUGGGGCCGCUUUUUCAAUAUCCGCAAGGACAUCGCGGUCGGUGCGAAGCCGACUUCCGAGGGUGGUUUGGGUGUCGCGAAACAGUUCUGGGACUGGACCAUUGCACAGGUUACGCCGUUUAUCUGA